ACAGUUCCUGUAGCAGUUAAUUUGCCGAAAGCAUCACCUUUCAUCCAGCCUCCUGAACAUGGAGGUGUGCCACCAAUUCUUCACCAAAGGAAUGCAAGCACGGGUCACACCUUGGAGCCUGUUUCUCCAGUUGCUAUACCUCCCACAACUUAUAAAAAAAAUUCAACAGUCAGUGAACCAACUCAGCAUGGAAGUAAUUCACCUAAUGUUCAUGAAAGGAAUACAAAUAAAGGUCACACCUCUGAGCCAGUUUCACCAGAAUCUGUUGCAUCCCCACCAUGGAAGGUUGAACAUAUCCCACCAGAGGCCCACCCCAUUCUCCCAACAACAACUCCAUCCAUAUUACCUGCACCAGUUACAUCACCACCAAGUGCAUUUCCAGUAAAGCCACCAUUGGUCCAUCCAAUUUUUCCAGCAGUAUCUCCAUCAAAGUUACCAGCACCUGUUGCCUCUCCCAUUCCUUUGAGAAGGGUCAAUUGGAAGAAAGGAGGAGCACCAGUUUCUGCACCUUUGUACGAAAAUCCAAAGCCACUUCCAGCUGUAAUACACUCCCCUGCUCAAGCUCCUGCCGCACAAAAAGCAAGGCAGUUACAUCAUGCUCCUGAUCCAUUGAUUUCAUCUCCUAAAUCUCCUUCCAAUAAAGAAUAUCAUUCUCCUGCAUUUUCACCUUCAACCUCAUUCUAUAGUCAUCCUCAUACAAAGGAGAUAAUUAACAUCCCUGCUCCUGCAUCAUCAUAUGUCGUUUCCCCUCUCACUUCAAAACACCAAGGUUGGCUUUCCCCAAUUCAUUAA